CCAUUGACAAGGGAAAAAGAUCUCCUUUGGUCCGGAACUAUUUGGGAGCUGAGAGAGAGCAGCAGGGGAACCCUGGCUGACAUUGCUGUUCUACCACAGAUUCAUAGGACCAUAUGACAUAAAAGGUGGCAGUGGAGAGCAGUCACACGGAGCAGGCCAGUGGAAGGCAGAGGAGGGCUCUGAGACUGUGCUCCCAAGACGGAGAAGCGUGUUCCACAUCGAGUGGUCGUCCAUCCGGAGGAGGAGCAAAGUGUUUGGAAAAGGUGACCACCAAGACAGACAAACCAAAGAGCCACUUCCCUACCCAUAUAGGAAGCCCACAGUGGAACUAUUUGAUCUGGACACCAUGGAGGAAAGCUCUGAGAUCAAGGCGGAAGCCAGCCCGGCCAGGACUUCCUGGAUUCGGAGCUCUAUGGCCGCUGGAGGGAAGAGACUCAGCAAAGCCUUGGGCUACAUCACAGGAGAGAUGAAGGAAUGUGGGGAGGGACUGAAAGACAAAUCUCCAGUGUUCCAGUUCCUUGACUGGGUGCUCCGAGGCAUGUCCCAGGUGAUGUUCGUGAACAACCCUCUCAGUGGCGUCCUCAUCGCCCUUGGCCUCUUCGUGCAGAAUCCCUGGUGGGCCAUCUCGGGUUGCUUGGGCACCAUCGUGUCCACCUUGACGGCCCUCAUCCUGAGCCAGGAUAAGUCAGCCAUUGCGGCAGGACUCCACGGCUACAAUGGGGUGCUUGUGGGGCUCCUGAUGGCCGUGUUCUCGGACAAGGGCAACUAUUACUGGUGGCUGCUGCUCCCCGUCAUUGUUAUGUCCAUGACUUGUCCCGUCCUUUCCAGUGCCCUGAGCACCGUCUUCAGCAAGUGGGACCUCCCCGUCUUCACCCUGCCCUUCAACAUUGCCGUGACCCUGUACCUGGCAGCCACGGGCCACUACAACCUCUUCUUCCCCACGACGCUGCUGCAGCCUGCAACCGCCACCCCCAACAUCACCUGGUCAAACGUCCAAGUGCCUUUGCUUCUGAGAGCCAUCCCAGUUGGAAUCGGCCAAGUGUACGGCUGUGACAACCCCUGGACUGGAGGCAUCUUCCUCAUCGCUCUGUUCAUAUCUUCACCCCUCAUCUGCUUGCACGCGGCCAUUGGGUCCACCAUAGGGAUGCUAGCAGCACUCAGCAUCGCCACGCCCUUUGACUCCAUCUACUUUGGCCUGUGUGGCUUCAACAGCACUCUGGCCUGCAUCGCCAUCGGGGGCAUGUUCUACGUCAUCACCUGGCAGACCCACCUGCUCGCCAUCGCCUGUGCACUGUUUGCUGCCUACCUUGGUGCCGCCCUGGCUAACGUGCUGUCCGUGUUUGGAUUACCACCCUGCACCUGGCCCUUCUGCCUCUCAGCGCUCACCUUUCUCCUUUUGACAACCAACAAUCCUGCCAUCUACAAGCUCCCGCUCAGCAAAGUCACCUACCCAGAGGCCAACCGCAUCUACUUCCUGUCCCAGGAGAAAAACAGAAGGGCAUCGACAAUAACAAAGUACCAGGCCUACGACGUCUCCUAAGCUGCCCUUUCUAAGGCAUGCCAUGUAAAUGCAGCCUCCAGCAACGGUCUGCAGCCCAGGCUAAAGUCCACUUACCCUCCUUUCUGUCCAAUAUGCAUGUAUUCACCAGUUGGGACACACAACCACACACCCACUAAGAUGCACAGAACUCAUCAAAGCCAUGUUAGUUUAGACUAAAUACCCACUGAUGGCUCUUUGGGAACUUCCUCUGGGAGGAACUUGCCACUCACUCCUUUCAGUUAUUUAGUGGAGCAAAGCAUGAUGCCAGGAAAUGUUGAUUAGCCUUCAAGGCUAGAGGGCCUGGUUCCUACCCUGCUCUACCACUAAUGAGGUCUGACUGCCUCAGUCAGCUCUCAUCCCAUCUCAGCUGGUUUUCUUGUCACCAGGGAUUUCUUUAGGACAAAGAGGGACACCAGAGUCCUUCUACCUGCAAAACGUUUAUUCUUUUCCAUCUCCAGUAAACUAAUCAACUCAGCAUAAGCAGCAAGGAAUUGUCCUGAGCUGACUUACUUAUGGGAGGGCUCCCAGAGGAGAGAGAAACAAGUGUUAAUGUUGUGGAAGUUUAUUCUUGGGCAUGGGAGAUGCUCUCCAGACAUGGGGCUAGUAACCUGAAUUCAUUGAAAAUGCCAGUGUACCAUCUUUGCACCAUUGAAAUAUUUCCAGAAGCAACAUAAAGUUAAAAAAAAUGAUUUUUCCAACAUCCAAAUCAGUGUAAACAAACAUCUUUUGCUUGUGUAAUAUUCAAAAUCAUACUCUCAUUAAACUUGAAAUUUGCAA